UCACAAAAAUGCAAGACUCACCUCCCAGAGAUGCUGGCAGAAAAUAGCAGCAUGUGUGUGUUUCUGACGAAGGUCUUGGAUCUAAAAGCCUGUAACAGCCCCACAGCUCAGGAAGUGGUGCUGCCACUUUGGCCAGGAAGACACCGGGGCAAAAGCGUCGUGGAGAGGCUGCGGGCCGCCAGCUCGCCGGGGCCCGCACAUCGCUGCCGACCAGGAGCGCUGGUCGUCCGGCAGGCUGGGCUGGCCCUCGGAGCACCCCGGCACCCGCAUGGCACGCCGGUGCAGCCAGGCCUCCCAGCAGCCAGGGGGGUUCCCCAGCUGCACCCUACACCCUGACACACAGGCAAUGGCCCGUGGCCUCCCAGCCUGUCCUCCUGCCGUGGCCGUUCGGAAUCCCCCUCACCUCAUGUGUCCACCGCCUGCAGGGGACCCAGAGCCCCCGCAAGAAGCUCCUGCCCACGGCCUGGGGUGGGGCAUGAGCCCCGGAUCCCGCCCUCCCCUCAGGGGAGGGCCACCCACUCCUGGUUGCCCACUGGCACCCGAUGACAGGAGGGUGAACGACUUACAAAACUGUUACCGUUUCCUGCAUGUGGUUCUGAGCUGGCCGAGGACCCUGCACAUAACCACAUGGGACCACUCAAGGCCUCUGAGAAGGGAUGGCAGCUGCCCAGCAGACAGCCCUGGGCCACCAUGGCCCCCCAGUGAGGCCCAGGGGUCAGCCUUUGCGUGGUCACUCAGGGACGUGUCUCAGGCUCCACUGGGCGUAGAGGACAGGGCAGGCUGGCACAGGCAGGGACAGAUUCCCCAGACCCCACUGUCCGGGAGCCCUCCCGCAUGGCCGGGCCAAGGGCCAUGAAGCCAAGCGAGGUGGCGUCAGUCAGGUUCCCAGACACCCCCACUUCUGGUGGCAAAGCCCCUCCCCAGUGAGGGGCUCGCUGCAGGACCCAGGGGCUUGUUGUUCAUGCAGCUGCUCUGGACCUAUACUGAUCAACCACGACAGUGGCCACAGAUGCAUAUGUGGAAUCAAACAGCAAAUCCGAUCUCACACCUGUGGGUCAGGAUCCGGGCGACCUCCAGAUGGGGCUCAGAGGCCAGAGUCAGGGUGAGGCAGGCCCCCACUGGAGGCUCUGGGGAGAACCCGGCCCAGGUGCUCCCAGGGCCCAGGCCACCGCCUGCUGCCUGUACCCCAGCCUCCCACCUGCGCUUCUGGGAAGGGCCAGUGCAGGCCCGGCCCUGGGUGCGGGAUUGCGCAGCAGGCCCACGCAUGCGGCGGCUGGAGAGGGCCGGCCGGGCGGACUGUGCCGCGGACGGCGCGUCCCCGCUCAGCCCCCGUCGGUGGCUUGUCCCCCCAGGCAGUCCUCAUAGUCAGUGGGAACCUGAGCUUCCUGAACUGGCUGACCAUGGUGCCCAGCCUCGCCUGCUUCGAUGAUGCCACCGUGAGCUUCCUGUUUCCCUCUGGGCCUGGCGGCCUCAAGGACCAGGUCCUGAAGAUGCAGGAGGAGGAAGCCCAGGGGACCCAGCUGAGACACGGCUGCAUGGCACGGCGCGCAGUCCACCUGGCACUGGGUGUCCUGGUCGCCUGGCUCAGCGUCCCCGUGGUGCUCAACCUGCUGAGCCCCCAGCAGGUCAUGAACGUCUCCUUCAACCCCCUCAGGAUCGUCAACACAUACGGGGCCUUCGGGAGCGUCACCAGGGAGCGUGUGGAGGUCAUCCUUCAGGGCACGGCCAGCCCCAACGCCAGCGCACCGGGCACCGUGUGGGAGGACUACGAGUUCAAGUGCAAGCCCGGCGACCCGUGGCGGAGGCCCUGCCUCAUCUCCCCCUACCACCACCGCCUGGACUGGCUCAUGUGGUCUGCGGCUCUCCAGACCUACGAACAUAACGAGUGGGUCAUCCACCUGGCAGGCCGGCUCCUGGCCAACGAUGCCCAGAUUCUGUCCCUGUUGGCCCUCAACCCUUUUGAGGGCAGGGACCCCCCCAGGUGA